UUCUUGUCAGUGUCAAAAGUGAACCCAAAGUCCUCGGUAGUGGAAUAUGCGCAUAUUAAAAGGCAUUAUUCAAUGAAGCAAAACUCAUCUUCCAACCAACAACAAAUUAAUAUUUCGAAGUUAUAUUAUUUAUCAGGUUUAUCAGUUAAUCGUCCCAAAGUCUUAUCUGUAUGUUGCUCUUGGGGAACAAGUUAUUAAACCUGUUCGAUACAGGUUAUUUUUCACUAAGCAACAUACAAAAAUUGAGUUAAGUUAGUUUUGGUGUUAAAUUAGGAUUAGAACUGAAUUAAAGUUGUUUUUUAGGAAAAUGUCUUCGGUGAGGAACAGGUUCACUAGCCAGACCGCAAACAAAAAGUACACGAAAUUGAACGAUGAGGAUGUAAAAUUUCACAAGCCGUUGCCCACCGCACAUUUUAUCGGUGUUAUGGGGCUGAUGUUGGUGACUUUCGCGCUGGUCAUCAUCAUAGAAAAACAGUUACCCAAAGGCCUGACGAUAGAAAAUGAAAAGGAACAUCCGGAUAGUUUUAUAGCUGAGAGAGCCUAUACUAUACUGAAGAAUUUAACUAAAAUAGGUCCACGACCUGCCGGCAGUUACGAAAACGAAGUCUUAGCAGUAAAAUUCCUCACAGACGAGAUAGAUUUAAUAGUGAAACAAGCACACCAUAACCAUAUAAUAGAAGUAGACGUACAAAAAGUGUCGGGAGCUUUCAAUUUAGAGUUUCUAGAUGGCAUGACGAAUGUUUAUCAAGACGUACAAAAUAUAGUCGUUAAAGUAGGAUCGAAGAUCAAUUCUCCGCAUAGUUUGUUGAUUAAUUGUCAUUUUGACACAGUAGUAGAUAGUCCAGGGGCUAGCGAUGACGGUGCCGGUUGCGCUGUAAUGUUAGAAAUAUUAAGAGUGAUGGCUGUAUCGAAGCAAAUAUUAAGACACAACAUUAUAUUUCUGUUCAAUGGUGGGGAGGAAAAUUUUAUGCCGGCUUCACACGGCUUUAUUACCCAGCACAAAUGGGCCAAAGAGGUUAGAGCCUUUAUUAAUUUAGAGGCUUGCGGGGCAGGCGGUAGAGAAAUUUUGUUCCAGGCUGGACCGAAUCAUCCGUGGAUUCUGGAAACUUAUUCCGAAGAAGUGCCUUAUCCGUACGCUUCGUCGCUCGCUCAAGAAAUUUUCCAGAGCGGUGUCAUUCCCGGAGAUACCGACUAUCGGAUAUUUAGAGACUUUGGAAAUGUGUCAGGUUUGGAUUUUGCAUGGUCCUCAAACGGCUACGUGUACCACACCAAAUUCGACACAAUCGAUCAGAUCCCCGUGGGAUCGUUACAGCGCACCGGCGACAAUAUUCUCUCCCUAGCCAAGGGAAUGGCCCAAGGGCAUCAGCUGUCCAACGUCGAAAAGUACCGGCCAGGAAAUUUGGUGUUUUUCGACUUUUUGGGUGCCUUCGUUAUUAGGUGGCCCAUGCCGGUAGCCGAUAUCGUUAACCUUUUGUCUGUGAUAGCUUCUAUUUAUUGUAUUGUUGUAAAUGCUACAGAAGCCCAACAUUUUAAUAGUAUUAGUAAACGGUCAUAUUUUAAGAGAUUAUUUCAAUGCAUCGGCGGCAUUUUGAUAUCCUGGGUUAUUUGUGUUCUGUUUGGUGUUCUAUCGGCGUCCUGCUUGAUUAGUCUGGAACGUACCAUGAGUUGGUACGCGCGCCCUUUUUGGGCCUUCUUUUUAUAUGUGAUACCCUCGUUUGUGAUUCUACUAGUUUCGAUUUUAUUGCAUGCCAAAUAUUAUAAUAAGGACUUAGAAUUAGAACCCUGGACCUUGUUUCAAUUGUACUACGACGCUUACCAAGCCCUUUGGACUGUCGUUCUUUUUAUAGGGAUAAUUUUACGAAUCAGGUCCAGUUUCAUAGCUUUAUUGUGGGUACUUUUCGCCACCAUAGGAAAUAUAUUGAAGUCUAGACUGUUUGGAAAAUGGAGGGAUUCCAAGUGGCUUUUAAUGCACGUAUUUGUGGUAGGGUUACCGUUCGUGCAAAAUUUCUAUCUUAUGAUUGCAGCUUUAUACUUGUUCAUACCCAUUAUGGGACGUGCGGGCUCAGGUAGUCACGCCGAAUACUUAAUAGCUGUGAUGACGACUGCACUAUUUGCUAUGCUAUUUAGUUUCGCAGUGCCCCUUAUAUUACUAGUCAGAAAAGUGGAGAGGAUUUUCAGUAUCCUAAUCGCCGUGUUCCUCAUAUCGUUAGCGUUACUAAUACUAACACCUCUGGGAUUCCCGUAUUCGGGAACGCCUGGAAAACUAGCGCCCCAAAGAUUUAUGAUAGCUCAUACCAAACGUACAUUCCACGAUACCUCCGGAGCAAUCACUAAUGUAUCCAACGGAUACUGGUUGGCCGACAUGGAUAUAAACAGUCCGCACACGUUAGACAAUUACGUACCGAUAAUGAAAACAGCAGAACUAGUUCAGAAAGACUGCGUAGAUUACCUGUACUGCGGGUUGCCGUACUUGGUACCCGUGCUGACGAUGAUCUGGAAGACGCAUUGGGUACCUGGUCCCGAACCUACACUACUCAAACCGGUGAAUAUGUCCAUAGUGGAGAGAAGAAAGAUUGAUGGGGGUGAGCGGUUCAGUUUUGAAAUAAACGGUCCUACACAUAUGGGAGUCAUGAUUUCUCCUACAUUAGGAGUUGAAAUAUCCAGUUGGAGUAUUCCAACUCCAGAACCGCUGGCUGGACCUUUAUGGAACGGCAGAAACACUUACUUUAUCUAUUAUGCAUAUGGCCUAAAUCCGGUACCGUUUCGGUUUUGGGUAGAUUUUAAACUUCCACCUGGCCAUCAGGGACCGAUUAUGGACUUUGCAGUGACGUCCCACUAUCUUUUUGGCCAGGGCAAAGAGAGUAAGGCUCUAAAAGACUUAGUAGCACAAUUCCCCACCUGGACUGCCGUUUCCUAUUGGACGGCUUCCUACGAGUCAUGGAUCAUUUGAUAGAUAAGUUGUGAAUUGUUAGCCGUGUUGAAGUUAUAUUUAUUAAUUUAUUACAUUUCGUUUAGUUCCUUUACGAAUUAAAAUCGUUUGGCCAAAGAUAGUAUAUCAAAGUUUU